AUGGCUUCCACCUCCCGCAGAAGUCUACAGCCUAUGCGCACCCUCGAAGCCGCAGCCCGCCUCGUGCGCCGGCACGCCCAAACCCUUCCGGCCCUCUCCCCAUCCGGCGACGGCUUCGGGCAGCAUUUCGACCGGUUUGCCGGCUGCAAGGUGCUCCUCAUCGGGGAUGCAUCCCACGGCACGUCCGAGUUCUACGCGGCCCGCGCCGCCAUCACCAAAUACAUGAUCCAAAACCACGGCUUCGACAUCGUCGCCGUCGAAGCCGACUGGCCCGACGCCGAGGCCAUUGAUCGCUACGUGCGCCGCAGACCGGGCGACGGCCCGCGCACGGCGUCGACAAGACCGUUCCCAAGGAGGGGGGACGACGCCCCCUUUCAGCGGUUCCCUUCAUGGAUGUGGCGGAACGACGAGGUGCACGACUUCGUGGCCUGGCUCCGCGAGUUCAACACCGGCAAGCCCGUCAAAGAGGCGGCAGGCUUUUACGGGCUGGAUCUAUACUCGAUGGGCGCCUCGAUGAAGGCGGUGACGUCGUACCUCCAGCGGGUGGACCCUCCGAUGGCCAAGGUCGCCGAGGAGAGGUACGGCAAGCUCAUGGGCUGGGCGGAGGACCCGCACGAGUACGGGCUCGAGGUGCUGCUCACGACGUUUGCCGGCCACGAGGCCGAGGUGGUGGCGAUGCUCCAGGACCUGCUGGCGAAGCGGCUCGAGUACGCGGACCACUUGGGCAACGGCGACGAGUUCCACAGCGGGGAGCAAAACGCGCGCCUGGUCGCCGACGCCGAGCGCUACUACAAGGCCAUGUACCACGGGCGCGACGAGAGCUGGAACCUGCGGGACGCGCACAUGUUCCAGACGCUCGUGCGCAUCAUGAAGCACCGGGGCCCGGACGCCAAGGCCAUCGUGUGGGCUCACAACAGCCACGUCGGCGACGCCCGCGCCACCGACAUGGGCCUGCUGCGCGAGGAGCUCAACAUCGGGCAGCUGUGCAGGGAAACGUUCCAGGCGGGCGCGCUCAGCAUCGGCAUGGGCACGUUUACCGGGACGGUGGCCGCCGCGGACGAGUGGGGCGGCGAUAUGAGCGUUAUGAAGGUGCGGCCCGGCAUGAGGGGUACCUACGAAGAGCUGAUGCACGCGACGGGGGUCCCGCGCUUCCUGCUGGACUUGCGCAGGGGCUGGUGCGACGACGAGGUGCUGGACGAGCUCUCCAAGAAGAGGCUCGAGCGGUAUAUCGGCGUCAUCUACAAGCCCGACAACGAAGUGAGGGCGCACUACUCGCCCUCGAUGUUGGCCAGGGAGUUUGACGCGUACGUGUGGUUUGACGAGACUAGGGCCGUGGGGGCGUUUGAGAAACGCCAGCCUCCGACGUCACUGGAACUCGAAGAAACGUGGCCCUUUGGCUUGUAG